AUGUCUCCUAGGCCUACCGCCAAACAACUUGGAAGCGACCCUUCAAUGGCCGAGAUCCAACCACCCAAACCCAGCCUAUCAUUGAGGAAGAUGUCUGAUACGUUGCUUGGAGAGUAUCGAAAUGCGCCGUCAGGGCAGUACGUUGACAUCCGUAGGCUGGUCGAGAAGAUUAAGGUGACCAAGAGACGUCUAUACGAGAUAAUGAGCAUUAUGGAGUACUUUGGAGUGGUGCGAAAGGAAGUCCGUGACACGUAUUACUGGACAGGACUGAACAAUAUUGCCCAAGCAGUCCAGACCAAGGUAUUUGAUGCGCCACCAGACCAACAGCCACACAAGACAUCGUUCACCAACCUAUGCCAUCGUCUUGUCUGCCUAUUUGUGAGCAGACCAGUUCUCAGUAUUGUUGAUGCCAGGGAUGAGCUUGGUCUUGGCUCCAUGCCAGCACGUUGUAAACGACUCUAUGAUAUUGCCAACAUCCUCGAGAGUCUCGGACUAAUAGCCAAGUCUGUUAAAGUCGGUGGAAAACAACUAUACAUGUGGCAGGGGCCAUUACCUCCAGCGUCAACCACAUCACCAGUGUCUGUGACCACGACACCUCUGUAA